AUGGCCAGAGACAUUACAAGAGAGGAAGGAACAGUAUGGUGGCAAUGUGUAACGUUCUAUCGCGCGGAGCGCUUCGAGGUCGUGGCCGAGCAGCUGGUCAACUACCACUACCUCAACAAGAUACUCUCGCCCGAGCAGAUCGACUCGAUCACAUGCGCCAACAAAACCAAGUUACUCGAACUCCUCACGACCAGCAUGUAUCACAACCUUCACUCAAUGCUCCUCCUAAAAGACAAGUCACGCCCCAACAGUCCACCAAUCUUCAUUGGCAAUGUACAUUUGACCAGUGUAUACAAUCAUCGUCCAACUGGUGAGCCACCCUUUACAUGUGUUACAAGACACUUCAAAGGAAACAAUGACCAAAUAUGGAAGACUCCACAUUUUAACAUCAAGUCCAUACUUGAGAUUGGUGAUCAUUAUCCUCCACAACUGCCAUCCACUGUUGACCCAUCAGAUCAUAUCAUGCUAAUGGCUGACUUGAUAUUAUAA